GUUGGAAACGGCUUGAGUGACAAGACCUGCGCUCUGCGCAUUGGCUAGAGAAGUUGUGACGCAAAUAUACGGCUGACCUGGUCUGGCCUCUGUUUCACCGGCACUGGAAGCGCGACGCACGGACAGUUGGAAAGAAGGAACCGACCUGCAGCAGUUGGGUCUAUUGGCAGUCACAAUUUACAAUAUAAUAACCGAACGAAGCCUUCAAACUACCCGCAACACCGACCGUGUUUUCUUCAGAGAAUGGAGACUCUUGCAGUAAUAACAUCACCUCAUGAGCUGAGAGAAUGAACAGGACGGCUAGCCUAUCAGGGGAUACCCUGAUUGCGUGUCACUUCCCCCUGGUGCAGCUUCCCCCCUGGCAGCUUCCUGUGCAGGCAGCUCUGUGCAGUGGCUCUGCCAGCUCUGCCAAGCAGCCUGGUCGGCUGUGCUCCAGCUCCGUAGGUCUGACCCGUGCCGCCUCCCUCCCCGAGCAGGACAACCUCCACAGAGAGCCCUUCCACAGCAGCCUCAGACACAUCUCCUCCAGCUACUGGAGCCUCAAGGAGGACCGGAGCGAGGAGGAGGGGGACGGGGAGGGGGGCAGCGACAGCAGCGGGAGGUGUGACUCUGGAUCCUCACCAGAGGAGGUGUCACAGAUGACCAUCUCCCAAAGACAUAAAGAUCAACCUGUAGUUAAAGGUUCUUUACGGUCACACAACUCCUUCCUCCCGAAUGAAGGGGUGGAAGAAGAUGAUGAGGAUAGUGAUGGAGAUAACCUGCACAGAUACCACGAGGACCCUUUUUUUGUGCUGCAGCUGCAUGGGAACUCUAACUGGGCCCUGAGUAAUGCUGGGAGGCGGUUCUCCAAACCUUCUAGCCAAUCAGCCAGUCAGCAGAACAAUGACAACAAGGGUAGUACUGUGUUGUUGGACUAUGGGGAGCAGGAGAGAGUAGUGGAUAUUGAAGAUAAUAUGUUCACAUGUGGUAAUGAGAGCUACUGCUUCAGCUAUGGCCAACCAAAAUGUUUCCCUGAGUCUUUCUCUGAGGGUCAUUUAGAGUAUGUCACAGACUCCUCCUGCAACAGCUCUGAUGGAGUUCUCGUCAACUUCAGCGCCAUCUACAACAAGAGUAACAACCCUGCCACCCCAAAUGACCUCAGCUGUCCUGCAGUGCAGUCCUCCCAGCCAGUAGAGGGCUCUGUCUUCCUAAACCUGCACCCAUUCUCCCAGGAGUCCCAGGGGCCUCAGGCUGCUGGACCCAGUCAGGGGAGCCGAAAAACCUCCUCUCCUCAUGACAUGGGGACUUCUGCCCCCUGCUGGUCACCGCAGGCGCUGGACUCCAACUGUAACAUCUACCUUCCCGAUGCCCAGAGCCUCCUGUCCUCUCUGGAGGGCUCUGACCUCACUUCCUGUCUCCAGAGCCAGGCCAGGCUGCCCACAGGGACCACCCAGAAGUACUACAAGCUGGUGACUUGUGACCUCUCAUCCCAGUCAGCCUCGCCUAGCCCGGCCUUGUCCAGCACCACCAGUGUCACUUCAGAGGGCCACUACGUCCUCUUCAAUAAGGCCCGGGGAGAACAGGGCCGGGGGAACAAACAGCAGGAAGAAGGCUCAGACAAAGAAGGGAGGAGAGCUGCCCCAUUGCACCGUCCUCGCUGUAUGAGCUGGGACUCCCAACAUGUCACCUCCUUCUCUGAGAUUGCACACUGUAAGAGACAUACAGAAAGCUGUCAGAGCUCCAGCCACUCCCACACCUCUCAGGACCUUUGUCCCAUCCAGGAGGCAGUUUCCCUGGGCCAGAAUAGCAGCCACUCCCCCCUACUCCUGAGUCCCAACCAAGGCAGUAGCACUGUGUCCAACCACCCUUCUGUGUCACCAGACCAUGAGGCGGAGGAGGAGGGGGCGUGUUCAUGGGCAACUCCUGUAGUGCGGUACAGUAAGGCUCAGAGGCCCAGCUCCCUGCCCAUCCAGCCCUUUGUCCUGCUUCCCCCAGCGGGUAAACCUCAGAGCCAGCCCCUGGGCACCCUGCUGGACCAGUACAUCAGCCACAAGAACACCAAGCCCAGCUCCCAGCCAGGGUUCAAGUGCAAAGGCAACAGACUCCUGACCCACCUGCGUCCUUCACCGCUGGGCAGCUAUGGAGCCAUCCUCCUGGAGGGCCCCUCUAGCUCUGAUACCUGCUCCACCUGCACCCCCAGUCCAGAACACUUCCAGUCCAGACGCAACUGGACACACUCCAGUCCUUACAGGCCCUACAGUAGCCAUGGCUUUACUUUUACCAGUCCAAAACAAGCUCACAUAAGCACAAUACAAUCUAAUACCGAACUACUAACCCAGGUUCAUUCAUGCCAGGACCAGCUCUUUGCAGACCUAGACCAAAGCUAUUCCAGCCCAGGACAGGCCCACAGUAGCCCAAACCAGUCUCAAUGUAAAGAUUCAACCAAACGUAACCAAGGUAUGGCUCAGAUCUACCAAGAUCUCAUUCGCCGGUUUCCAGAGCAGCAGAGCCCCAGACCAGUCCUCCUGACCCACAGCCCUGACUGCCCCAUAAACUCCCAUGUAGCAACCAUGUCCCCCUCUGCCAGUCACACUCCUCAUCCAGACCUGCUGGUGUCCUUCUCUCCAGACACACCCUUACCGCCCCACAAGAGAACCCCACUAACCUCAAUACCUAAGGCUGGGUCUGCAGCUUCUCACUAUAGCCUGACAGCUGCUCUCUCCUCAGUGGCCCAUAUGUCCUCUCUGAGCACCAUCCUGCAGCCCCAGGUGUUAGCAGGGCCCAGUGUGAAGCAGCAACAGCACUGCGACUCCUUCAGCCUGAGUGACAGUUGGCCACCUGUGGAGUUCUGCCUGUCACCUGAAGCCUCCUACGAGUCUCUGUCCAUCAGCCAUCUGCAGAGGAGAGGUCUGCUGAAAUCUGUGAGCUUGGCAGUGGAUUUGAUCAUGGCUCAUUUUGGCACCAGUCGAGAUCCUGGGGAAAAGGUGUGGCUAGGUACCACCAUUGGUGGUCUUGUUCUGGAGCAUCUGUGUCCCACCAUCCAGAACAUUCUGCAGGAUGGUCUCAGGGACCACAAACUGGACCUGAUCAUCGGUCAGCGACGCAACCAUGCCUGGAACGUGGUGGAGGCCUCCACUCACACAGGCCCUACCACCCGGGUGCUCCACAGCUUGCUGUCCAAGGUGAGGCAGUGCUCCCUGCUGACCAGCCACUGUAUGAAACUACGAGCCUUCAUCAUGGGCCUGCUCAACCUGAGGACCUUGGAAUUCUGGCUGAAUCACCUCUACAACCAAAAAGAGGUGGUGAAAGAUCACUACCAUCCAUGGGGUUUCCUCGCCAUGUCACAGGGGCAGUGUCAGCCUCUGUUCCAGGAGCUCCUCCUCCUGCUGCAGCCUCUCUCCAUGUUACCCUUUGAUCUCAACCUGCUGCUGGAGCCCCGCCUGCUACACAACAGACAGCUCUGCUCUGAGGAACAAUCUCCACCAUGCUCCACUUUUCUCAUGACCAGUUGUCCCCUGUUGAAAGGAGACAGAGAAGACAGACAGGGGGCGUAUAGCUCUAUGGAUGGACCCAGGGAGAACAGCAGGCCAACAGGUGAACCACACCAGCUGGUACAGCAUCUUCAGGGGUCCUCCCAGGUCUCAAAGGCCAUGGGUCAGGAGAAGAGGGUGAGGCCUGUAGGUGAGUCUAGCAGGAGCCUGUGGUCAGCCGCUAUUCCAGGGUGUUGGCAGAGACAACCUUCCCACGCAGAGAGGGGGGAAUGUGGACAGAUUUACAAGCAUGUCAUCCACCCUGAGUCUCAGCAGAGGAUGGAGGGGAGGAGAGAAGAGGUGACUUCACAGGAGGGCAGGAGGGAGGGAAGGGGUCCAGAGACCCCCAGGAUGACGGCAGACCCCCAGGAUGAUAGCCCUUCCCAGGGUGGGCUACGCUGGGCCAAGCUCUUUGGAUCAGGAAGGGACCACCAUGCCAGGACACAGAGGGCACCCAAAAACCCCAAUGGGACACAGACCCAGAAAAGGAGACCUUCACAGUGGCUGCAGUUGGACAGUUCUCAGCUGGGCCUAUUGGCCCAUACAGUAUGGUCAGGGAAACAGCCUGACCGGAAACACCAAACAUAGACCUAGUGCCCCAGGACCACAAUGGAGAGGGGUAGGGAGAAGAAAAGAUACACUACCAAAAAUGUCAACUGCAUGAUCCUGAGUCAGUCUUAUAGUGCAAAGUGUUACACACAGACACCUCAGCUAGAACACACUCACACUGGACAGAAAAGCACAGUAGACCAUUUGUUACUGUCUGAGCAUGGGUGAUACAUUUACCCAAAUGUCAUUUUAAGGCAAUAACAACUCUACGAUGUUUAGUUAUAUUUACACGUGCUUCUGUUCAUCUGUCAUGAAUUGGGAUUCAUGCAAUAGAUUCUCUCUGUGCACCUGUCAAUCAAACUGUGGUCAAUGAGAGGCUCCACCUAUGCUACAGUCUUGCCUUAGGAUCUGAAAGCCUUGUGGACCAGCCCAGACUCUUCAUAAGAAACCAAUUAGUAUUUCAUGGAGCUGCAUGCAUACCAUAGAGUAGCAUCCUAUUCUCCUAAUAGUAUCAAUCUGUCCUCUGCCUUCCAACCCCUAUGCCCUGUCUAUUCUAUGUGCGAAUGGAAUGUCAACAAAAAAAUGCAGAAAGGCAAUCUUUACUAGCCAUGUUAACUAGUGCCAAAUAUUAUGCCACUCAGCAGCCUUGUACAGUGGCUUAUCUUCCAAAAUGAGGUUGCCUUCAUAUUCAACUAGACAAAGUCAAUACAUGUUUGUGAGGUAAUCCAGACUAGCAAGGUAAGAUUUCUGUGCAUGUGUAUAAAAAAAAUAAUAUAUGUACGUUCAAGGAGUCAUUAGGUGCUAAUUUAAUCCUAAUACUUUGUGUGGUUCUUCUUCCUACAUCAAUAUCCUAAUAUAUUUUUUUUUAUGAUAGAGAAGUAGAGUUUUGUAAAUAUUUAGGUAAUCAAAUUCUAGAAUUGUGGAACCGUUAGUCUCCAAAUCGAGUGUGUCGUGUUCACAAUAUUAAGCGAUCAUGGUGUGUUUCAGGUGUACACUGUUUUGAUAGGCCAGUAGUACUAAGCUAAGGAGUAAAAUAAAGUUUGAAAUUGCUUGACAGGAAUGACUUGGUUAUUAUAACCUCUGCAAUAAUGUGAAAGUGAGUUUAUCAAACCCCUCUCAUCUUUCCUCCCCAACCUAACUGUACUUAACCCUACAACCUCAGAAGAAUGCACCCUCUGAGUGGAAGUUCCCUGUGACAAUCAACCUUUGCAAAUAAAGAUAAAUCAAUAAGUUA